GCCUUCUGCCUCUUGUCCCGCUUCUUGUCGGAGCGCCGUCGCCGCGGGGAGUCAUUGGUACUAGUUCUUUGCACUGCUUCCAACGCUCACCGCGCUCUUUCGGACUGUUUGAGGUUGCCGGCCGGGGUGGCCGACCCUAUAAGUCAGCCCGCCGACUUCUGUGUUGCCUAGACACGAUGGCCACGUAUUCUACGCUUGCUUUACCCUGUCCCCGCACCGACUUGGCUCCUCCCGAUGACUUCUCCGCCUUGUGCGAGCGCUAUGCGGCGUUGCGGCUGGAGGCGCUGACAACGUCGCCCACCGCGUUUGGCUCGAGCUAUGCCAUUGAGAGCGCGUUCACGCCGGAACAUUGGGCAGCGAAGGUCUGGCGGGAGGAUGCGGUCGUGCUUGUGUGUGUUGCUCAUGCGAUUGGUGAAGACCCGCGAAAGUCUGGCACCUGGGUUGCAAGCGCGAUUUUGCGCGGUCCGAUGCCGCUGGAAGAAUAUACUCUCCCGCCCGAAAGCAACGCGCCACAGCCUGGUAGCGACACAGAGGAGACCCACUGGCAAAUGACUGCCGUGUUUGCCUCAGCGGCUCACCGUGGUCGCGGGCUGGGCAAGCUCCUCAUUCAAGCAGCAAAGGACUACGCUUUGAAUCACACCCGGACAACGACUUGCACGCGUGUCAGACUGCGUGCAAUCGUCCACCCAGACAACAUCGCUGUCCUGGGUCUUUAUACGCGGUUUGGGUUUGCAGAUGUCGCGCGGACGACGGGAAAGGAGGCGUAUAGAACAAAUGGCGACGUGAAAGAGUGGGAGCACAAGUUGGAGACUCUGACGGACGAUUUGAAGGUGCGCUGGCAGACUGCGUUGCAUGCCGUUGUUUUAGAAUGGGAGGGCAGCAUUAUAUAG